GCAAAUAUGUUUGGAAUAUGAGACAGUCAAAUGCAUAGAAUAUAUCUUCUCAAAUUCUUCCCUUAUAGUUCACCUUGCAAAAAAAACGGACAGAACAAAGGAAGAAGGAUGGAUUUGGUAUUCUAUACAGCUAUUAUUGCGGCCUUGUGUUUCGUACCACCAAUUGCAACAUUUAUCAUUGGUGGCAUGGUUUGGUGUUGCUGUCGAAAAGGCGAAGGCUUGACGCUUAUCAUGAUGAAAAGCGUUAUCAGUAAAAAGAAUAUCGACAAAAAGGCGGUAUACCUGGUCUGCGACAGGAAACUUCCAUCGUCAAGUCGAAAAUAUUUUAUGAUUUAUUCACUGAUCAUUCUCACAAUAUGUGUGCAGUGUUUUUUUCUUCUCGCUUUUUUUGAAGUGAGCUUUGAAUGUAAGCACGAUCCUGACUUGGAUUGUUUCAAAGAGAUAGACGAAGUGGCAUUUGCUGAUGUGAAAUUAUCUUCUUUCGAUCAAUCGCCAGUCAAUUGUUCAACCCUCUCGAAAGAUGAUCACGUCUUUUGCUACCGUACGACUGCUUUCGAUCCUGAAAAGGCAUUUUUUAGUGCGGCGGCUGCAUAUUUAUUGUUCGAAAUGCUCAACAUUGGUCUUGUAGUCAUUGCACAUAUCAUGCUUUUCCUGGCAGAGAAAUUAAAGAGCAUGCUAAUGAUCAAGAUUGUGCUUACCUUAAUUUUCGUGGGAUUCUUUGUUGGAAUAUUCGUUUUGAGAACCCAGGUGGAUGACUUCGAAUCAGCAACUCGAAAGUUGCCGUACACGGUGUUAGUACAAGGCAUGCUUGUUUUGCUCUUCAUUUUCUUCUAUGUAGUAAUGCUUCCUUGGGGAAAGAUCGGCAGUGAAGAAUAUUAUGGAGAUGCAUCUUUACCAACCAUCGCUGGUGCACAUGACAACGAAAUGACUGAUCCAAAAUAAUAACAUUGAUAACCAACUGGAUUAUUUACAACCAUGCACAUAUAACUUGAAGUAUAAUACAUCAUGACACGUUUGUAGCAGACAUGCAGUUUUUUUUUAUAUAUAGACAAUAAACAAUAAAUUUAAUGGUAUAGUAUAAGCGAGAAAAUACAUAUAACAUGCUAGGAUGAACUAAAUGUUUGGAUGAACGCUCCUAUAUUAUAGGCCUUGCUGUAUAAGUAACAGUUUUUAGCGUUAAUUUGCACUAACUUUAAAUUAAUUAUACGCAUCCGUAUAGUUUACAAACACUGUAUACUCUUUGUAAGCAACAAGUGUCUUGUAUGGUUUAGCGCACUUGUUUUCGGCUUUCCCUCCCAUUAUACACGGAUACACCCUUCGUAUAUGUCACUUUGGCUAUAGAGCUUCAUUUUCGUGUAUCUGACAUCAUGCAGAAAGCCUACGUCUCAAUCACGAAAACGAGGCUCUAUAGCAAAGAUGACGCACUUUCCGAAAGCGUGAAAUGGCUUUUUUCCUGCAGUCUGAUGGUCAGAUUAUUUCGCAAUUCUGUUGGAAUGCAAUUAUCAAAAUUUCAAAAGCUUUGUGCGCGACGAAGUCGUCUCUAAAAACAUAAAAUCGUGGGUCAUUAGGAACUGGUCAUUUUUAUGGUGGAGGAAUAUCACCGAAGAGAAGUUUUUUUCUUGGUAAAUAAUUUGCUGGUCCAAUCAUUAACCCCCUACUCAAAUAUCCGUUAAAAAAUAAAUACCUACCCCUAUCCAAAAACAUUACAAAAGGCUACCGUUCAUUUGUCACACAUCACAUGUCCUAACCACUUCUGUGACAUUGAGUUUGAUAACUGUUUGUACAAUUCUCUACAGUCUAAAGUUUCAUGCUGUCUGCACAUGUACUUUCUGUGGAGACACUAUUUGCAUCUAGAAAAAUCGGAAAAUGAUCAAGAUUGUGACCGUGAUUGAUUUACAUAUAUAUUGUACUGACAUAUGAUUGUUAAUUGACGCUCACUCAGUUAAGUCUUCAAUAUUUGAGCGAGUCAUGCUUUGGAAAUGACAAUAAAUUUUUAUUACCAAACCGUUGAGUUGUUUUAUUUUUGAUUUACUCAAAAAUAGUAAUCAGUCAAAAAUUGUUUUACCCAACCGUUUUCUCUUCGGUGCCACCUCCCGCCGUAAAUAAUGACUGGUCCCUUAUUAUAGAGACUUCGACGUUUGCCAAGUUUCCAGACCAUAUCUCGAUUGUCUUACGAAAUUUUGACAAAGAAUUAGUUAUCCAAAUCGUCCCAAAACUGAAUAUUUACAACGAUAUAGAGUAUUUCUUUCAGUGGCGCUUGUAGACGGGUAAACAUUGGUUUGCGACUUGUGCACCAGAAUUGCCAUGCGUUUGACGCACAUGCUAUUUUGGAUGCUGUAGAACGUUGCAUGUGCUGUGACGUCGCAACGCUAUUCAAAAUUACAUAAUAUAUAUUACGUAAUAAAUAGUAUCCAUACUCAUGCACACACAUAUAUACUGUAUUUUUAAAUAUACGCCACCCUUGGAAACAAAUAGCUUUUAAGACGAUAGCAAACAAAUAGCUUUUAAGACGAUAGCGUUUUAACUAAUAAAGUUUUUCUAUAAUGUAGUUUGCCGAUUUUAUUAGUCCUAAACGAGUUGUUUUCAGGAAAACAUUAUUCCGAAGCUUGCACAUGGCCGAACAAAGCCCGGCACGAGGCGACUGUAGUGACAUUGACAGUGGUGACACUGGUUGUUACUGGUGACCCUGGCGGUUUAUGAAACGGACAAUUGCCAAGGCGAU